AUGUGAAGCAUCUAGUCUCCAACAACAACCUCUUCAAAUUCUUUGGUGUGCUGCCACCCAAAUCAAAAGUCUUCUUUCUUCAUCUUCUUCUUCUUCAUUCAAAAACCCAUGUCCAAUAACAUGAACCCUAAUUUCCUAGGACCAAACAUGAUGUCCACUACCCCUCCAUCAUAUACAAACCCUAAUCUCCAUUUUCCCCCUGAAAUGCUCCAAGAUUAUGACUAUGAUUUCGACCUUUCCUACGUUAAUACCCUCCUCAAUGAUGAUCAUCACUACUCCAAUGUUGUUAAUAACAACCCCUUUGCUUCUUCUUCUUCCUCUUCUUCAUCUCUUUUCUCACACCCACUACUACCUCCCCCCACCAUUAAUGUGCAAGACAAGAGUAGCACUACUUCUGCAAGCUCCGGCAGCUCUGGCUUUGAUGGAAUAAUGCCCACAACUACUUAUCCCAUGCAAGAAGUCAGGAAGUCCAUGAGGCAGAUGGUGAAUAGAACAAAGGCGAAGGAGAGGCUGUCAAUUGCUUUUAGGACCAAGACUGAGCUUGAGAUCUUGGAUGAUGGAUACAAGUGGAGGAAGUAUGGGAAGAAAAAAGUUAAAAGUAACUCCAAUCCAAGGAACUACUACAAGUGCUCACAUGAAGGGUGCAUAGUGAAGAAGAGGGUGGAAAGAGACGGAGAGGAUUCAAAGUUUUUGAUAACAGAAUAUGAAGGAAUACACAACCACGAGAGUCCAUAUGUUAUAUAUUACUACUAAGACAUGAUGGCAACCCCGGUUAUGAAUAGGUUCGAUGUCUUCUCCAAAUCACAAUCUCAUCAAUAUUCCCAAACAAAGUAGUUCGCAGUUGAAGCUGAUUUCUCUGCUUUUUUGUGAUUACAUGAUUUUGUGUAUGAAGAAUGGGAUGGAAAUAACCGUCAUUUCAGUACCUUUUUGACCGUCUUUUUCAACCUUUAAUAUUUUGGUGUCUUUUUACUCUACACUUCUCGUCUUGACUUGACGAUCUGUCGUCAUUGAUCACAAGAUAAACUAACCUUUUUUUUUUCCUUUUUGUUUAAUCAAGGAGAGAUGUAUCUAUCACCAGAAAUAAAACACAUCUCCCACCUCUUGAUUA